AUGGGCCUCACCUCAAAGCUCAGAUCAUGGUCUCAGGAGCUCACUCCCUAUUUUCUCUACCUGCUUCUGGUUGCAACCCUAGGACCUCUACUCUUUGGGUAUCAUUUGGCCGAGCUCAAUGCUCCUUCAGAGGUCAUCACUUGCAGGGCCAAAUCCAUUAGAUCCAAGAAAGGGCCGCCAUCAACACUGGGUGGAGUGCCACAAUGCAUACCCAUGAACACAGCCCAGUUCGGGCUCGUGUCAUCCAUUUUCACCUUGGGCGGUCUAAUCGGUGCUCUUGCGGCCGGCCCUUUGUCUGCACGCUAUGGCCGUCUUCGUACUAUGCGCAUCAACACCUUCUUGCUAGCGCUGGGUCCUCUCGCUGAAGCACUAGCGCCAAACAUUGGCGUUCUUUCGACAGGUCGCUUUAUUUCCGGCUUAGGCGCAGGCGUUUCUGUGGUUGUGGUGCCCAUCUAUAUCUCUGAAAUUGCUCCGCCCAAGGAAAAGGGCUUCUUUGGUGCCUUUACACAAAUCAUGACAAACAUGGGCAUCUUCACCACCCAGCUCCUAGGUUACUUCCUCAGCCAUGGUCAGAUGUGGCGCAUCAUUUUGGCGGUUGCAGGCAUGAUUGGCAUCUUGCAAUUUGCUGGGUUGGUGUUCUCUGUGGAGAGUCCCAAGUGGCAGGCGGGUCAUGGAGAAACAAGACAAGCUCAUAACAAUCUGCGGCGUAUCAGGGGCCAGAAGGCCGAUAUCCAGCUAGAGGUAGAAGACUGGGGUGUUGAGGAUGGUGACGAGAGACACGAGGAAGAACAAACACUGCUCGCUAAUCCCGAUCACGACCCGCACACGGACAGCAACACCUCUUCGAGAGGCAAAGGACCAGAACCCUUGGGCAUUCUGGCUGUGCUCCUAGACCCGGCCAAUAACCGCGCAAUCCUUGCAGUCGUUGUGGUCAUGAUGGCCCAGCAGCUCUGCGGGAUCAACAGUAUCGUCAUGUACGGCGUAUCCCUGCUCGCAGACUUACUCGCCUCCAACUCCGCUCUGCUCAAUAUCUUUGUGAGCAUACUCAAUAUUGUGGCUACCACAGGCUUCGCGCCUCUUGCCGACGUGCUGGGGCGGAAACCAUGUAUACUCACCUCAAUCGCCGGCAUGGGCGUCUCAUCCGUCCUCCUUGCCGUAGGAAUACGCAGCGCAAUCCCUAUACUUUCCGCGGUUUCGGUGCUUCUGUUUGUCGCCAGCUUUGCUUUCGGCCUAGGGCCAGUGCCCUUCAUCCUGGCCUCUGAGCUCGUCGGUCCUGAGGCAGUCUCGGCAACCCAAUCAUGGGCGCUGGCCGCAAAUUGGAUCUCGACAUUUGUGGUAGCUCAAUUCUUCCCAAUGGUGAAUGAAAGGUUGGGAAAGGGCGUGGUGUACUUUGUAUUUGCGGCCAUCGCGGCAAUUUCCUUUGUUUUCGUGGGCUGGUAUGUGCCAGAGACGAAAGGGAAGAAGGACGUUGACGAGGUUUGGGGGAGGCCGUCCAGGAGGCAGGACUGA